GUUUGUGUUCAGAGGAAGUGAAACUGUUCUACAGUCACUGGCAGCAGCUGAAAUGGCGCAGCAAGAAAAUCAACUGGACAGAGAAAGAUUCUGCUGUUCGAUCUGUUUGGAUCUACUGAAGGAUCCGGUGACUACUGUCUGUGGACACAGCUACUGUAAGAGCUGUAUUAACACCCACUGGGACAAAGAGGAGGAGAGAGGAAGCUACAGCUGUCCUCAGUGUAGACAGACCUUCACACCGAGGCCUGUCCUGGAGAAAAGCACCAUGUUAGCUGAUUUAGUGGAGGAGCUGAAGAAGACUGGACUUCAAGCUGCUCCUGCUGAUCACUGUUAUGCUGGACCUGAAGAUGUGGCCUGUGAUGUCUGCACUGGGAGAAAACUGAAAGCUCUUAAGUCCUGUUUGAAUUGUUUGGCCUCUUACUGUGAAAAACAUCUCCAGCGUCAUCUUCAGUCAGCUGCAUUGAAGAAGCACAAGCUGGUGGAGCCCUCGGAGAAGCUCCAGGAGAACAUCUGCUCUCGUCACGACGAGGUGAUGAAGAUGUUCUGCCGCACUGAUCAGCAGUGUAUCUGUUAUCUCUGCUCUGUGGAUGAACAUAAAGGCCACGACACAGUGUCAGCUGCAGCAGAAAGGACUGAGAGGCAGAGAGAGCUCGGGCUGAGGAGACAAACAAUCCAGCAGAGAGUCCAGGACACAGAGAAAGACGUGAAGCUGCUUCAACAGGAGGAGGAGGCCGUCAAUGGCUCUGCUGAUAAAGCAGUGGAGGACAGUGAGGAGAUCUUCACUGAGCUGAUCCGUCUGCUGGAGAAAAGAAGCUCUGAUGUGAAACAGCAGAUCAGAUCCCAGCAGGAAACUGAAGUGAGUCGAGUCAGAGAGCUUCAGGAGAGACUGGAGCAGGAGAUCACUGAGCUGAAGAGGGAAGACCAUGAACUGAAGCAGCUCUCAGAAACAGAGGAUCAGCAUCAGUUUCUACACAACUACCCCUCACUGUCACCACUCAGUGGAUCUACACACUCAUCCAGCAUCAGGAUCCGUCCUCUAAGGUACUUUGAGGACGUGACAGCAGCUGUGUCACAGGUCGGAGGUCGACUACAGGACAUUCUGAGUGACACAGAGACAAACAUUUUACAGAUUUUGUCUCAAGUGGAUGUUUUACUGCCCCAACCAGAGCCAGAGACCAGAGCUGACUUCUUAAAAUAUUCACAGAAAAUCACACUGUAUCCAAACACAGUACACAGACGUCUGUUAUUAUCUGAGGGAAACAGAAAAGUAACAUAUAUGAGUGAAGAUCAGUCUUAUUCUAAUCACCCAGACAGAUUCACUGGUUGGCAUCAGGUCCUGAGUAGAGAGAGUCUGACUGGACGUUGUUACUGGGAGGUGGAGAUGAAGGUAGAGGUGCAGGUGAAUGUGUGGGUGGAUGAUUGGGGGGGGGAGGAGGAGGUGGAGGUGGAGUUGAGAGGAGGAGUUGAUGUAGCAGUCACAUACAAGAAUAUCAGCAGAGCAGGAGACUCAGGUGAAUGUAGAUUUGGAUUAAAUGAUAAAUCUUGGUCAUUAUAUUUUGAUGGAACCAGUUAUACCUUUCGUUACAACAGCAUCAUUACUCCAGUGUCAGGUCCUGUGUCCUCCAGAGUAGGAGUGUACCUGGAUCACAGAGCAGGUGUUCUGUCCUUCUACAGCGUCUCUGACACCAUGACUCUCCUUCACAGUGUCCAGACCACAUUCACUCAGCCUCUCUGUGCUGGAGUUGGUCUUUAUAAUUAUAGAGCCAAAGCUGAGUUGGUUAAACUCAUAUCGAGUCAUUAAAAGCAGUGAUUUCGAUUCUGUGUGUUAAUCUUUAACCUCUUUUUGUCUCCAUGUUUGUUGAUCAAAGUUUGUCGUGGUGACGUUUCUGCUCCGCACAGAGAUCAGCUCAAUCAAACACUGACCUUCCUUUAUCACAAAUAUUUAGUUCUCACUUUGUAAAGGCAGAAAUCUAUAAUUACACUGACAUGAAUGUGUGAAGAACUAAUGUUGCUGUUGUUUUCCGAAUCAAAGUAGAAAUCAGGUUGUGUGAUGUUUUAGAACCUGUGUUGAUCCUGAUCCUCAUCAAUGAGCUGAUUAUUUGUUCUUUUCUUUUCCAAAUGUGAGAUGGAGGUGAAACAAACUGAGUGUGUGUCCAUGAACUCACUGAACAAGAGUCACUGAACAGACUUUACUGAUGAAAUGAUCAAUGACCUCAGAGCGUCAACAUGUCCAACAGGUCUUCAGGACUUCACUCUGGUUGGAUUCACAGAGCAUCAGUGUUAUGGGAUGUUUGGUCACAUUGUAAAUGUGGAACCUGGUUUGUUUUUAUUCCGGCUCAUCUCUGUAAAGUGUGAAUCCACUCGUCCUCAUUUUAUUUACAUAUUUAGUGAACGGGCAUAUUGAUCUGCUGCUGCGUAGGUUUCUGUUCUUUUUGAUUUUCCUGAUCUGAACCAGCAGUUCCAUUGGAGAGUUUCCUGAUUGGAAAGAGGGAUUGUUCUGCAGCUCUCAUCACAUGGGUUUCUUAUACAUGUCUAUAAACAUUUAAAUCUCUUUUAUAUG